AACCAGGCAGCAGGGGAAUGGCAGAUCCUAUGCUGUCAAUGACAGUGGAAGGUGCAGAAUUGCCCUUCCUGGUGGACACUGGGGCAACGUACUCAACUUUGAGGACGACACCGAAUAGUGCAACCAUCUCUAACCACACUGUCAGUGUUGUGGGGUUCUCUGGGGUACCAAUGACUCUGCCACUCACAGACCCAGCUCUGACCAAGCUGGGCAAACAGACUUUGAGACAUCGAUAUGUGGUAUCUCCACAAGUGCCUGUGAACUUGAUGGGCCGAGAUUUACUCAUUAAACUGGGAGCCACCAUUAUGUGUUCCGCGGAUGGACUGACAGUCUCUCUGCCUGGUGGAAUGUCGCUACCGUGCCUGGAAAUCAAUUCAAAGAAUCAAUACUUGCUGCAGAACUGUGAACCACCCCCUGCUGACAUUUACUGGGGGCGCUUGCUAGAAGAAGGCAUUUUGGAACAAUAUCAGCAGUGGAGACCCUGGAUAAUGAGUCUUGCGGUGUACUCCUCGCCUAGAGAUCCAUUCCAUGUCACUCUCUUUUAUGAUAGGGAUGAUGAUGAUGUUUACCGAGAAGCCUUCCAGUCUGAACUUGAGGGUCAGACCUGGAACGUCCAAACACAAAGUAUUUAUGUGGGGCCAGAAGGUGUAGCAGCGGUUGUUAAAUUAACAGAUGAACAGUUGUCUUGGUAUAACAUGGGAUCAGAUUCGGCCCCACACAUCACAUUGGCAGUCCAUGAGGGACACCAGGCCAAAGAGUUGGGGACGAUGGUGAGGCGUGCGCUGGAUAACGCUUGGUGGCAACCCACCCAAAUUCCAGACGUUUGUUAUGCACCAAAAUGUAAAAUAUAUCGUAUCACAUGUGUGUCCAGUGACGCAGUGAUAUUAGAGCAUCAGCAAGUAUCAAGAAUACAUGGUAGUGAGAGAACAGAUUAUCCAGAUGCAGUGGUAGAACUUUCAAAAUUGCCUGACACUCUGUGGUCUACAGGACCCACUGAUGUUGGCUUAGCCCAUUGUGCGCCGGUUUUGUUCCAGCUGAAAUCGGACACGCCAAUCUCACGACCACAAUAUAGACACAAGCCUGAAGCAGAAGAAGGGAUCGCUGAGACGAUUGAAGGGUUGUUGAAAGCAGGAGUGCUUGAGCCCUCGCAAUCCCUUUGGAACACACCAAUUUUGCCGGUGGAGAAACAUGGGACAGGGAAGUAUCGUAUGGCACAUGAUUUAAGACUUAUUAAUGCCAUACUACGUACCGAUACGGUGCCUGUACCUAAUCCAUACACAGCCCUAACUGAAAUAACCUGCGACCAAAAGUGGUUUACAUGCAUUGAUCUAGCAAACGCGUUCUUUUGUCUCCCAUUACAUCAUUCACUCAGAGACAUUUUUUCUUUCACAUACAGAGGUCGUCAGUUUAGAUACACACGCUUGCCACAAGGCUUUGCCCUGUCCCCAGGUAUUUUUAAUCAGGUGCUUAAAGAAGCCCUGUCACCCUGUCAGUUGCCUGAAGGGUGCACAUUAAUACAGUAUGUAGAUGACCUACUUAUCGCAGCUACUUCAGCAGCGGCUUGUACGGCAGCAUCACUCACAGUGCUUAAAAGACUGUCUGAAUGCGGCUUCAAAGUAAGUAAAGAGAAACUACAGUUGGUUCGACCAGAAGUCACAUUUCUGGGCCGUGUAAUAGCCCAUAAAUCAUUGGGACUAAUGAAUGCACACAGAGACCAAAUUUUGACACACCCAAAACCAAGAACGGUAAAAGAACUUCUUUCUUUUCUUGGCCUGACGGGCUACAGCAGACAGUUUAUUCCAAACUAUGCAGGAAGAACGGCUCCCUUACGGGAUCUGAUUAAACAGGUGGGCGUUCGAAACCUUAAGGCUGAAUUGCCAUGGACGCUCGACAUUGAAGCCGCGUUCAUUUCUUUGAAACAAGAUUUGUCAAGGGCCUCAGAUUUGGCCACACCUAACUAUGAUGAGCCAUUUUACUUGGAUAUUUCUGAAACACUUGGAAUAAUAAAUGGUGUGUUGUUUCAGAAAAAAGAGGGAGGAAGACAGGUACUUAUGUAUGUCAGCAUAAGAUUGAGCCCAACAGAAGCAAGGCAUCCCACAUGCACACAGCAUGCAGCAGGGGUUGCCAAAAUAAUACAGAAAACAGCACAUGUGGUGAGACAACACCCACUAAAAGUUCUGACUACACAUAGUGUGGUGGCAUAUGUGAACUCGCAGGCGUUCACCAUGACCUCAUUAGCACAACAGAGGUUGAGUAAAGUUCUAGAUGCUCCAAAUCUGACAUUUACACAUGAAGGAAUUAAUAUGGCAGAUUUAAUGGGAGCAGGGGAACCUCAUGAUUGUACUAAGAAAGCAGAACUGGAAGGGAAAGUCAGGGAAGACUUAAAAGCAGAACCUAUUCCUGGAGCUGAGGAUUGGUUCACAGAUGGCUGCUGCCAUCGGGAUGAAGAGGGACUGAAAGCAGGCUAUGCUAUAGUCUGCAAACAAGGAACUGAAUUUGAGGUAAAAGAAGCAGGGAGAAUUGAGGGACAACAGUCUGCUCAGAGAGCAGAAGUCAUUGCACUGAGUAGGGCCUUGAGACUGGCCAAAGAUAAAAGAGUGAAUAUUUAUACUGAUUCAGCCUAUGCUUUUGGAGCAGCCCACGUGGAACUCCAGCAGUGGAAGAGAGCAGGCUUCCGAACAGCAACAAAUGCUCCUAUUUGCCACAGGAAGGAAAUGGAGGAACUGGAGAGGGCCCUGCACGACCCAAGUGAGGUGAGCAUUAUCAAAUGUAAAGGACACUCUCAGGCAAACACCAUGGUUGCAAGAGGAAAUCAGAAAGCGGAUGAAGCCGCAAAGGAAGCAGCAGGCUAUAAAGGACGACAGCAAAUGGUGCAGGUAAUUGCUGAAGAGGAGGCAGGCAUCAAUAUGUUGGAGGAGGCCAGACAGGCCCAAGAGGAGGCUUCUCUGGAGGAGAAAGAGGUGUGGCAGAGCAAAGGAGCCCGAAAAGAGGGUGGUCUUUGGAGAGGAGUUGAUGGACGACCAGUCCUAACUGACAAACUGGCCAGACAGAAGAUAACUGAGGCACAUGGACUUGGCCAUGUGGGAGUGGCACAGAUGGAGAGAAAUUUGUGUCACUGGUGGCACCCAGGACUAACAGCUAUGAUAAAGGAAAAAGCCCAAACAUGUUUAAUUUGUGGAGCUCACAAUCCAAAGCCAGUGGUAAAACCAGAACCAGGUAAGUUUCUUCUGCCAGAAAGGCCAGGAGAAGAAAUUGUGAUUGAUUAUACUGAUAUGAUUGAUGUGUGCCCAGGGGGAGUCAGAUAUCUGUUAGUGUGUGUAGAUGCUUUGACAGGGUGGCCAGAAGCGUGGCCCACCCGAAAGGAGGACGCCAAAAGCGUGAUUAAGUGCUUAAUCAAUCAUUAUAUCCCCAGGCAUGGGUUUCCAAGGCGCAUUAGAUCAGAUAAUGGAACCCACUUUAAAAAUCGAGACCUGGAGGAAGUAGAGAAGAUGUUGGGAGUAAAACACAGGUUUGGGACUGUCUACCAUCCUCAGUCUCAAGGGAAGGUAGAAAGAAUGAACUUGAAUUUGAAAAACAAGUUAUCUAAAAUCUGCGCAGCGACGGGGUUAAACUGGGUUUCAGCUUUACCAAUUGCUCUAAUGACUAUAAGAUGUUCUGUUAAUAAGUCAACAGGAUUCACCCCGCAUGAGUUGCAGACGGGAAGGCCAUUUCCAGCACCUUGGACAGAGGUUCCAGCGGAACACCCCACGAGAGGUGACCCCAGAGGCGAAGGCGGUUUGGCUGAAGGUUAUCAAACGCAAGUGGAAGGAGCCACGCUGGACGGGUCCUUAUGAGGUCGUUGCCAGG